UGAUCAAGAUGGCGUUGCACAAUCCAUACACCUUUCUCGUAUUAUCGACGACACUGCUUACUGUUGUAUUCGUCACGAUGGUUCGAAGCCGAUCGACGGGGGCUCCGUCGUCGGCUUGUAUCACUAUGAUGCCGGGGCAUAAUCUAGCGCCACAAGAUCCAGCGACGGUUCCGUACAGGAUAACAACCAUUGUGACGGCAUACACGCCCGGACAACCACUAUCAGUGACAAUCGAUGGCACAUUUGCCGGCCUGCUUCUCCAAGCCCGCCAAGUUGGCCAGACUACACCGAUGGGAACGUGGUUUUACACCUCGUCGCCGUACAUACAAUUCGUGACUUGUAUAUCGUCUUCCGAUUCCGCCACGCACUCGUCCAUCGAUUUGAAAACGAACCCAGUACUCACGUGGCUACCUCCCAAUACAGCAAUCGGUGACAUUGAGUUUGUCGCCACCGUAGCACAGAGUUUCUCGUCAUUCUGGAUGAACGUGAAAUCGCCGAUAUUAUCUCCAAUCUCGACAGACCCCUGUUCACCGAAUCCGUGCCUGAACGGUGGGGUGUGUGAUCUCUACGGUUCGGGAUAUUCGUGCACGUGCGACAGUGCGUGGGUGGGAGCAAACUGUGAAACAAGCACAACAGCCAUCUGUACGCCGAAUCCUUGCCUAAAUGGUGGUAUCUGUACGGCACGUGACAGUACCUAUGUAUGCGGAUGUCCCAUUGGAUAUACCGGACAAAACUGUGGGACAUAUGUCGGUAAGUCACGGACAGCCUGCCAGCCUAAUCCAUGCGAAAACGGUGGCACUUGUUACCAAUUGGGGGAUACGUUUCAGUGUUCCUGUUUUCCGGGCUUUGGUGGAACCACCUGCUCAGUCCACGAUCCCUGCGAACCGAACCCUUGCGGCCAUGGCGGCACGUGUACCGUCACACACAGCGGACUAGGAUUCCAGUGCACAUGUCACAUCGGUUACGUCGGAGAUACCUGCCUAGAUACCCCAUGUAACCCCAAUCCGUGUCACAACAAUGGCAUAUGCAUGUCGACAGAUGAUUACUUUUCCUGUGAUUGUCCACCUGGCUACAGUGGUAUACUUUGCUCUUUCCUCGACCCGUGCAGUAGCAACCCUUGUCUGAACGGGGCAACUUGUUUCAAUUCUCACAACAACCAAAAUUACCUGUGUUUUUGUGCAGAAGGUUAUGUAGGAGAUACUUGCAAUACCGCACCAUGUAUGCCUAACCCCUGUAUGUACGGCGGUACGUGUACUGUACAGGAACUGAGCUACCAAUGUAGUUGCCCAACCGGUUACUCUGGAACAACCUGUCAAACCACCCCGUGUCAACCGAACCCGUGUCUAAAUGGAGGCGCAUGCUCGAUACAAGCUGGUGGUACAUUCCAAUGUAUAUGUGUCCAGGGAUACACGGGUACAUUCUGUGAAACGACGCCCGUUAAUCCUUGUAGUCCAAAUCCAUGCAAUAAUGGCGGAACAUGUUAUUUUAAUGGCGGCGUUAAUGGUUACUUCUGUUCCUGUCCUGCGGGUUAUAUUGGAACAAAUUGUGAAACAGCUCCGUGUUCAUCAAACCCAUGUCAAAAUUCGGGAACCUGCACUGUGGAGUUUAAUGGUUAUCGAUGCACGUGUGUGGCUGGCUACUUUGGCACAAACUGUCAAACAUCUCCGUGUACUCCAAAUAACUGUCAAAAUGGUGGCACAUGCCGCGUGACUCCCACGGGAACAUAUUUAUGCGAGUGCGCAGAAGGUUACCUUGGAGACCAUUGCGAAAAUUUUAGUCCAUGCAUUCCGAAUCCUUGCAAUGGAGGCACGUGUUAUGUGAAUCUCGACACGUUCUACUGUGUGUGUCCUACGGGGUACGUGGGACUGACGUGUGAAACAGCUCUGUGCAUGCCUAACCCGUGUGUCAACGGCGGUACUUGUACACCAUCGGGGGGUACUUACCAAUGUACUUGUCUGCCAGGCUACACUGGAUUCGAUUGUUCUAGUCAAACUCCGUGUCAACCGAAUCCUUGUAGUAAUGGCGGUACAUGUACGAUCAGUGGGAGCAACUUCAUCUGCCAGUGCAACGUGGGAUAUAUAGGGACCACCUGCAAUACGGCUCCAUGUCUAUCGAAUCCGUGUCAAAAUGGAGGCGCCUGUAGCGUGAGUAGUAAUGGAUUCACGUGCACCUGCCCCGAGGGAUAUGCUGGCAUUUACUGUGAAACUAGAGUUACUUGCUCAGCUGGUUAUUGUUAUAACGGUGGAACGUGCUCCCUCACAACGAACGGAGCCUACUUGUGUAGUUGUCUUUCUGGAUUUAGCGGAGACCGUUGCGACAUAGUUGACCCAUGUAUGAGCAAUCCCUGUAUUAACGGAGCUACUUGUACUUCACUCAAUAACGUGCUUUCCUGUCAGUGUGUACUCGGAUUCAGAGGACCGUUAUGUGAGCUAGUCGACUACUGCGCAAGUGGACCAUGCUUGAAUGAUGGAACUUGCUCCAAUAGUGGAAGUUCAUAUUUCUGUUCUUGUAUCUCCGGUUUCUAUGGUGAAACAUGCAGUUUAGUUUUCCCGUGUGACAACGACCCAUGUCAAAAUGGCGGCACAUGUUACACUGCGUCUGAGAAUGGAAACCUGAUUGCGAGAUGUCUAUGUGCAAAUGGAUAUAUAGGCGACUAUUGUGAAACAAGUUACGAUGCAUGUAGUAAUCGGCCAUGUUUAAAUAAUGGCGACUGCAUUGUUGUUACGUCGUCACCAGGCUUCCAAUGCAUUUGUAAAGACUACUUCACGGGAGCCCUGUGCGAUGUCGCGCCACCUUGUUACAGUAAUCCAUGCCAGAACGGGGCUACAUGCGUGAAUGUGGAUGACAAAUUCGUCUGUGCCUGCGUCACACCGUUCAGUGGGACACUGUGCGAAACCGGAAAUGCAUGCAGCAGCAUCCCGUGCAAGAACGGAGCUACGUGCGCGAACUAUCUUAGCGACGAUUACACGUGUAGUUGUUCGAGUGGAUGGGCGGGAAAAGAUUGCAAUACACCUACUACGUUCUGUGUGAACAACCCUUGCCAGAAUGGAGGUAACUGUAUCGAUAUCGCUGGCGGAUUUCAGUGUGAUUGCACUGAUGAAUGGAGAGGUCAAUAUUGCGAACUCCGCGUUGACCCAUGUGAUAGUGGCCCAUGUGAGAACAGCGGUACUUGUGUCAGCGGUAACACAUACUAUACAUGCCAAUGUAUGAUCGGAUUUACUGGGGACAAUUGCGAAGAAGUCGUCAACGGCUGUGCGGACAAUCCCUGUGUAAAUGGACAGUGUAGUAAUGUUGGCACCGGUUAUCUUUGCCAGUGUAAUAGUGGAUGGACAGGUGCCAAUUGUGACACAGAUAUCAACGAAUGUGCAAGUUCCCCGUGUUUGCACGGUGGCACGUGCAACGAUGGCGUCAAUGAAUUCCAGUGCGUUUGUCAGGAUGGAUACAGCGGUACAACGUGUGCAAUUGAUAUCAACGAAUGUGCAAGUUCCCCGUGUUUGCACGGUGGUACGUGCAACGAUGGCGUCAAUGAAUUCCAGUGCGUUUGUCAGGAUGGAUACAGCGGUUCAACUUGUGCAAUUGAUACCGACGAGUGCUCAAGUUACCCAUGUUUGAAUGGUGGGAGGUGUAUUGACGAAGUUAACGGAUAUCGUUGUGAUUGUCCUUCUGGAUAUAGUGGGACCCACUGUGUUUAUGGAGGCGAAUGUGCAGUGAACCCAUGCCAGAACGGCGGCGUAUGCAGUGUCGGCCAAGACAACUCCCCCAUAUGCAACUGUCCAGAUCAAUUCACCGGUACUUUUUGUGACGAAAGAGUGGAUCCAUGCGAUUCCAACCCUUGUUUGAACGCCGGACAGUGUUCCGCGCUUACGGCUGGGUACUUCUGUACGUGCACUGCUCUAUGGACCGGGGAUCAUUGUCAAACAGCAAACCCCUGUGGCAGCACUCCGUGUCUAAAUAACGGGCAGUGUGUUAAUACAGCAAACCAAGGUAGUGGCUACCUAUGUUCGUGUUCGGACGGAUUCCAAGGACCGAACUGUGAAGACGAGAUUACGGCUAAUUGUCCAGACUCAUUGAACGAUGUUUGUGAGAAUGGUGGAGUGUGUUUCAUGAACGACCUGAAUACCCUCGGGUAUGUUUGCACAUGUCUGUCUGGCUUCUACGGUGUCAACUGUGAGAUUGAUUCCGGUUGGUGUGUUGACAAUGGACCAUGCAUAAACGGAGAUUGCAGGCGAACCAGUGGCGGCGAAGUGUGUGUAUGUCCUGAUGGGUAUACCGGUGAACACUGUGAAAUAGAAAUGACAUUAUGUAGGCCCGGACCCUGCCAGAAUGGCGGAGUAUGUGUGAUCUCUGGCGAGAAAGAAAUAUGCGUCUGCCGAUCUGGUUACGAGGGGACUAACUGCGAAACAUUGAUUACAGCUGCUGGCAACCAAAUAGUGGCGUGGACAACUAGCACUCUAUUCAGCGUAUUGCUCACCAUAUGUAUAUCUCUUUGAAACAGUAUUAACUUUUUAUUUUGCAUAAAAAACAAUUAAGUUAACUUAAAUCAAAUUUCAAACAAGUUACUUUUAAAAUGUGCAUUAUAUAAAACAGAUGAUUAGCUUAGUCUCAAAAUGUUCGUCUCUUUGUUAGAUUUAACUGAUCCAAUUAACACUUUC